AUGCGCCUCUUUCUCCCCCACCGGCAGCCCAGAGGUCCAAAGUUCUCCAACGCCAAGAGGAACAGGCCCUGCCAGGCUUUCCCUGGGAUCCCAGGUGAGUUCGUGCUGGAAGCAGCACCCGGCGUGCGAAGGAGCCUUGGUGCCAGCCUCAGGUUCGACUCCAUCCCAGGUACCCUGUUCUGCACCAACCGGAGGGUUGCUUUUGUGCCAGAUGUGCCCCCUGGAGCAAAGGCACAUCCCCGCUGCUCCUUCCUGCACAGUGAAUACGACGUGGCCCUACCUUGCAUCGGGAAGCUUGUAGCAGCCAGCAGCGUGUCCAAGGCCAAGGUGCUGACAGCCAGCUCCAGCCUCAAGUUCGUGCCCGAGGAGCUGGUCCUGUACUGCAGGGACUUCCGUGUGCUGCAUUUCCGCUUCCCCGAGAGUGGGCUGGAGCCGGGUGCCUUCCGGGUGACGAUGGCCAUCGCUCGGGCCCAGGAGAGUGACAGGGACAUGGCAGCCUGGUCUGACCCCACCCAGCUGAGGAACCUGGAGAACGCCCAGCGGAGCCCCGAGGAGAAGGAGGAAGAUCCGGUGCCCACGCUGCUCUUCGAGAGCCUCCAGGACUGGGAGCAGGAGCUGCGGCGCCUGGGGCCCGCAGGCUGGCGGGUCAGUGUGGCCAAUGAGCGCUUUGACAUGGCCACCAGCCUGCCCCGGUACCUCUGGGUGCCCGGCCAGCUGCUGGACAACGAACUCAAACGAGCCUUUGCCCACUUCAACCAGCGACGCAUCCCAAGGCUCUGCUGGCGGCACCCCGGGGGCAGUGACCUGCUGCGCGCUGCGAGCUUCCAUGCUGCCUCGGACCCCGAGAAGGAGGACACGAGGGCGGUGGAGGCACUGCUGCUGGCUGGGCAUGCGCGAUGCGUGGUCGUGGACACGGUGGCCGACUUGCCCAGCCCCACUGAGAUCCAGUUGGCCCAUGUGCGGCUCCACACCCUCUGCCUGCUCGACCCUGCUGUGGCCGACGAGAAGUGGCUGUCUGCGCUGGAGGGGACCCACUGGCUGGACCAUGUCAGGGCUUGCGUGAGGAAGGCUAGCGAUGUGGCUGCGCUGCUGGCAGAGAGGCGCUGCUCUGUUGUGCUACAAGAGUCGGACGACCGAGACCUCAACUGCCUGGUGGCCUCGCUGGUGCAGCUGCUGGCCGACCCCCACACUCGCACCCAGCUGGGCUUCCAGAACCUGGUGCAGCGGGAGUGGGUGGCGGCCGGACAUCCCUUCGCCCAGCGCCUCAACCUCUGCCGGGACGGUGACCGAGGCGAGGCUCCGGUGUUUCAGCUCUUUCUGGACUGCACCUGGCAGCUGCUGCGGCAGUUCCCAGCCGCCUUUGCCUUCACCGAGGCCUAUCUCCUGGCCCUGCACGACAGCAGCUACGUGCCUUUCUUCAGCACCUUCCUCUUCAGCUGCCAGUGGGAACGGAGCCGUAGGGGCCAGCACCGGGCCUCUGGUCAGCUGUACACACCCGUCAAUGGCUGGCGGGACGCCCCCAACCUGAAGAUCCUGCCACAGGCCAGCUGCACAGCCCUGGCGGGAGGGGGUGCCUGCCUGCCCUCCGUCUGGGCCUGGGCACUGCACUACAGUGCCCAGCAGCGGGCGCAGUUCCAGAACACCGUCUACACUACGGCCAGUGAUGGGCACACGGCCCCACUGGGCUGCAGCAAACUGAAAGCCACCCUGUCUGAGACUGGGGCUGUGUUCCUCCUGGCCCGGGGGGCCCUGGCCCCGCAGCCCCACCUCUUCCCUUGGAAGAACGGCUCGCUCGUCAAGAAGGGCCCGUGGCGUGUGCCAUCUUCGGACAGCCUCAGCGACCAGCGGGGCUCACCCAGCAGCUGCCCUGCCUUGCUUGGGGAGGUCCUGGUGCCAGUCUGCAUGGGGCCGGCAAUCCAGCUCUGGAGACGAUGCUACCUCCGUGGGAGCCCCGAGCAGCAGCACGGCCUCUUCCCCCCAACGCUUGCCGGCCUCACUGAGGAGCUGGAGCUGCUUCAAGAGUGUCUGAACGAUGGGCACUGGAGGGCCACAGCUUCCCCCAGCCCUGCGGAGUCAGAGGAGGCAGGAAGCCCCCUUUCCCCAUCCCGCUGAUGGUGACCACUGCUGGGAGAGGAUGUCAGGCAGCGGCUGGACUCACACGACUGACUUCCCCGGCAUUCAGACCUGUCCACCUGGGUGUUGGCAAUGAGGGCAGUGCCCACAGGCUGCUGCGGGCAGCUCAUCUUGGAGACAGGCACCUGGACACUGCUGGAUUUUCAGUCCCAGGCCUGGAACUUUGCCCAGCCCUUGGCAUCUACUUGGGGGUCGCAGAUAUGUUGCCUGGUUGUCCUGGUGACUGGGCAUCUCCCAGCAACGUGGCAGAGGGGACCAGCAUCCCCAGAACAAGCCCUAGAGAUGGAGCUCUCCCCUCAGCCCCCGACCCAUGGUCGUCAUGGCUCAGGUCUGUGGAGGAGCCCUGCCCUGCUGCUAGUUAGCUGUCCCUUCCCUGCGGAUCGUGGGUGGGCUUGCAGCACCUUCCACCCACCAAGCUAAGCUGUUUCUGCUGGGUUUUCCCAGUUAGACCCCUCAAAGAAGGCACUAAUGAGGAAUCUUUGGGGUGGGGGGACUGGAAGACCCCUGUCUUCCCUGCCCUAGAGGCUCAGAUGCAUUGUAAACUGCUGUGCAUAAG